AUGGACGACGCGAGCUUGGUGCUGGGCAAAGCCGAGUACUCGCCCUCGAACUACGGCUCUGGCGACCUGGGCGACUACGACUCCGACUUUCGCUCCCCUCGCACCCUCGCUCGUCGCUUCUUCAGCAGCUUUCUCCGCGAUCCCAACGCCCACGCCACUCCCAAGGGCGUGGUCAGCGCGGACGGCCGGACGUACGAUGUCGAGACUGCCGUGCAGAACACGGCCACUUCGCCCCUCUCCCGACAUCUCAAAGGCCGGCAUCUUCAGAUGAUCGCCAUCGGUGGUUCCAUUGGCACUGGUUUGUUCGUCAGCUCGGGCGAGUCCUUCGCCGCCGGCGGCCCGGCCUCGGUGCUCAUCAGCUUCGUGCUCACCGGGAUGAUGCUGUACUGUACUGUGCAUGCGCUGGGCGAGAUGGCCGUCUUGUUCCCCGUUGCCGGCUCGUUCUCCGCUUAUUCCACUCGCUUCCUCGACCCCGCGUGGGGGUUUGCUAUGGGUUGGAACUACGCUCUCCAAUGGCUUGUCGUCUUGCCGCUGGAAGUAGUGUCGGCAACUCUGACAAUCAACUACUGGUCGGACCAGAAAAUCAACAAUGACGCCUGGGUGGCCAUCUUUCUGUUCCUCAUUAUCGGCAUCAACCUGUUCGGCGUCCGAGGAUACGGCGAGGCAGAAUUCAUCUUCUCCAUCGUCAAAGUUACCGCCAUCAUCGGCUACAUCGUGCUUGGAGUCAUCAUCGAUUGUGGCGGCGGGACCGACGGCAGUUACAUCGGGGGCAAGUUAUGGCACCACCCCGGCGCCUUCAAUCACGGCUUCAAGGGCUUGUGUAGCGUCUUUGUCAACGCCGCGUUUGCUUUUGGAGGAACCGAGCUGGUCGGGUUGGCGGCCGCGGAGACUGCCAAUCCCCGCAAAUCCCUCCCGACGGCCGUCAAGCAGGUCUUCUGGCGCAUCACCCUCUUCUACGUCGUCUCGCUGACUCUUGUCGGCCUUCUCGUCCCUUACACCGACAAGCGACUCCUCGGCGGCAACGGCCCACAGCCCAGCAAGGCAUCCCCAUUCGUCAUCUCCAUCCGAGACGCCGGCAUUGCCGGCCUCCCUUCGGUGUUCAACGCAGUCAUCCUGGUCGCCGUCCUCUCCGUCGGCAACUCCGCCGUCUACGGUAGUUCGCGCACCCUCGCUGCCUUGGCAGAGCAGAAUCAAGCGCCCAAGAUUCUCGCAUACAUCGACAGAAGAGGCCGUCCAAUCGUCGCCAUUGGAAUCGCAUCCGUCCUCGGUUUCCUGGCCUUCUUUGCGGGUUCAAAUCUAUGGGAGUCAGCGUUCAAUUGGCUCCUCGCCCUCUCCGGUCUCUCGUCAGUCUUCACUUGGGGCAGCAUCUGCCUUGCUCAUAUCCGCUUCCGACGCGGCUGGAAGAAGCAAGGACACACGCUCGACGAACUCGCCUUUCGCAGCCAGCCAGGCAUCAUCGGGUCCUGGGUCGGCUUCAUCUUCAACUGCCUUGUCCUCGUUGCGGAGUUCUGGACGUCCGCGUUCCCCGUCGGUUAUGGUGAAAUCACUGGUGAUAAUCGCGCCGAGUAUUUCUUCGGAAUUUAUCUCGCCGCGCCGAUUGUUAUUGUCAUGUACUUGGGGUGGAAGAUUUACUAUCGCACCCCGUUUAUCCGAACCCACAACAUGGACCUCCACACCGGCAUGCGCGAUCUCAAUAUCCAAGACCUGAUUAUUGAAGAGAGGGCGGAGCGGGCGGCGUGGCCAUUGUGGAGGAGAGUAUACAAGUUCUUCUGCUAA